CAAACCCAGAAGUUGGAGAUAAUUGUAACUAACCUCACAGCACAACACCGCGACGAUGACGAGCCGACCGACCGUCACCAUCAUUGGUGCCGAUGGCGCCCCCAGCAACAAAUCGCACCCUCUUCCAAAUGUCUUCCUCGCGCCAAUUCGGCCGGACAUUGUCCAGAGCGUGCACACCGGUAUGGCGAAGAACAAAAGACAGCCAUAUGCUGUGAGUGAGAAGGCUGGUCAUCAGACUUCUGCUGAAUCCUGGGGUACCGGUCGUGCUGUCGCUCGUAUUCCUCGUGUGUCCGGCGGUGGUACCCACCGUGCCGGUCAAGCUGCCUUUGGUAACAUGUGCAGAGCUGGCCGCAUGUUCGCUCCAACCAAGGUCUGGCGCAAGUGGCACGUUAAGCUAUCUCUGGGCCAAAAGCGUUUCGCCACUGCCUCUGCCAUUGCUGCCUCCGCCAGUGCGCCUCUCCUCCUCGCCCGCGGUCACCGCAUCUCAAGCGUUCCAGAGGUCCCCUUCGUUGUGUCUUCCUCCGCUUUCAACGUUGCAAAGACUAGUGCUGCUAUCAAGCUGUUGUCAGCCAUCGGUGCUGGUCCAGACGUCGAGAAGGUCAAGAAGUCGAGAAAGAUGCGUGCCGGCAAGGGUAAGCUUCGAGGUCGACGAUACCGCCAGCGACGGGGCCCUCUCAUUGUAUACAACCCAGAGACUGACGGAAAGGAUAUUCCUCUGGCUUUCCGCAACAUUCCUGGUGUGGAAACUAGCUCCGUCUUUUCUCUCAAUCUGCUACAGCUUGCACCGGGUGGUCACCUUGGUCGUUUCAUUAUCUGGACUUCCAGUGCAUUCGAGGCCCUUGAUAAGGUCUAUGGUUCAACUAAGGAGGCAUCUGCCCUGAAGAAGGACUUCCUCUUGCCAGCCCCAACCGUCUCGCAACCAGACAUUACUAAGCUGAUCAACUCGUCCGAAAUUCAGUCUGUUCUGCGGCCAGUUAAGGGAAGCGGUGUCAACAAGCGACCAUACACGCAGAAGAAGAACCCGCUUGUCAACAAGCAGGUCAUGCUCCGCCUCAACCCAUAUGCUGCUCAGUACGCGAAGGAGAAGCUCGGUUCGAAGAAGAUUGAUGGCGGAAAGCCUGAGGCUCGCAGCGAGGACUUUGACAAGCUUAUCAAGGAGAACUAGAUGGCGCACUGCUAGUUUCUUUUUCAAUCAUUGGCGUAGGUAGCAUAGGUUGUGGCAUUAACGAUCGACUCAAAAUGGGGUGUCGUGACAGCCCCUGAGCUCUUUUGAGCGUAGUACCAAAUAUGAAUUUUGAAAUAUUUUCAUCUCCUGA